AUGGAAACUAUGCUAUUUUGGUUGCUAUUUUUCACCCCCGGGUGGACCCUCACUGACGGAUCUGAGACGGAGCAGGAUUUCAUGUGGCACUUGAGAAAGGUGCCCCGGCUUGUCAGCGACAAGACUGUCCCUCUCAGCAGCCCCACCUUUGAGGCGGAUGCCACGAGGGCGGCAAAUAGGGCGUGUGGCAUUGAAUGCCGGAGGGAGCUGCCGGCUCCCAGCCUUUCCGAGUUGGAGGAUUACCUUUCCUAUGAGACCGUGUCUGAGAACGGCACGCGAACCUUAACCAGGGUGAAGGUACAAGAUUUGGUCCUCGGGCCGCCUCCAAACGCCACCGCGAGCAGCGCAGCCGUCAGGAGAAGGAGGCAGGUGUACGGCACCGACAGCAGGUUCAGCAUCUCGGACAGAAGGUUCCUAGCCAGCUUCCCCUUCAGCGCGGCCGUGAAGCUGUCCACGGGCUGCAGCGGCGCUCUCGUGUCCCCGCGGCACGUCCUCACCGCGGCGCACUGCGUGCACGACGGCCGCGACUUCGUGCGCGGGAGCCGGCGGCUGAGGGUGGGCCUGCUGCGGCCGAGGGGGCGGCGCCGCGGCGGGAGACGCCGAGGGCCCGACCGGAGCAGGAGAGAAGCAAACGGCGCCGGCCGGGCCGAGGGCCCCGAGGAGAACCUGCGGGGCGCGGCCCAGGCCGGGAGCAGGAGCAGAGCCCGCGGCCGCGGCGGGAGGGUGGCGGGAGGGAGGCCCGCCUUCCGGUGGACCCGGGUCCGGAACACCCACGUCCCCAAAGGCUGGGCCCGGGGACGGAGGGAAGACGCCGCCCUGGACUACGACUACGCCGUCCUGGAGCUGAAGCGCGCGCACAGGCGGAGAUACAUGGACCUGGGCGUCAGUCCGGCCGUCAAGAAGCUGCCCGGGGGGAUGAUCCACUUCUCGGGCUUUGAUGACGACCGCGCCGAUCAGUUGGUCUACCGGUUUUGUGGCGUGUCGGAGGAAUCCAGCGAUCUCCUCUACCAGUACUGCGACGCCGAGGCGGGCUCCACCGGUGCCGGGAUCUACCUGCGUCUGAAAGAUCCAGACAAAAAGAACUGGAAGCGCAAAAUCAUUGCCAUCUAUUCAGGCCACCAGUGGGUGGAUGUCCGCGGUGUCCGGAAGGACUACAACGUCGCCGUGCGCAUCACCCCCCUCAAAUACGCCCAGAUCUGCCUCUGGGUUCGCGGAAACGACGCCGACUGUGCCUACGGCUGACAGAGGCCUGGAACCCGUCGUGUGUCCUCGAAAUCCCAGAGAGGACCACGUCUGACUAUUGUGGCGAGAUUACUUCCUAGGCUGUGCGUGGACUUUGAACUCUAUCGAUAGCAUUCCACAUUUUUACAAAUUUAUUUUUUUCAAAAUUAGAAGAUUUACAUAUU